UCACUUUCGUGUCCAACCUUCUGCUGGGCUACUGGCCUUUCGGCGGCGUCAUGUGCGUGUUGGUAACGUACGCGCAAUGCGUGACCGUCUUCAUCUCGGCCUACACUCUGAUCGCUAUCUCGGUGGACCGGUACACGGCCAUCGUGUACCCGCUGCGGCCCCGUAUGACCAAGCUGCGCUCCAAGCUCAUCAUCGCGCUCGUCUGGCUCGUGGCGCUGGUGACGCCACUGCCCACGGCGCUCGUCACGCAGCUGGUGCCGCACCCGUGCGCCAACCACACUUACUACUGCCUCGAGCAGUGGGGGCGGCCCGAGCAGACCGCCUACUACAGCAUGGCGCUCAUGAUACUCCAGUACUUCUUCCCGCUGCUCGUGCUCAUCUUCACGUACACGCGCAUCGCGGUCGUCGUCUGGGGGAAGGAGACUCCCGGCGAAGCCCAGGACGCCCGCGACCAGCGGAUGGCUGCCUCAAAACGAAAGAUGAUCAAGAUGAUGAUCGCUUGCGUGGCCGCGUUCCUCCUCUGCUGGCUCCCACUGAACCUGUUCAUCGUCGUGUCGGAGCAGUACCCGUCCAUCUACGACUUGAGCGGCAUCGGCUACAUGUGGUUCGUCUGCCACUGGCUGGCCAUGAGCCACGCCUGCUACAACCCGCUCAUCUACUUCUGGAUGAACGCAAAGUUCCGGGCGGGCCUGCAGGCGCUGUUCCGCUGCCUGCCGGCCACACGCCGGCGCUCCUCGUGCUUCGUGUCUACCUGCAACGUCAAGAAGGCGGCUACUUCCAACAGCAAUGCUAUCUGACUCAGUGCCCAAGGCGCCGCGGUGCCCGUCUCUGUGUCCCAUUGCAGAUGAUCAAGAUGAUGAUCACGGUGGUGACGGUGUUCAUGCUGAGUUGGCUGCCGCUGAACACCUACAUCUUGCUGUCGGACCUGGACCCGGGCGUGAACAACUACGAACACAUCCGCUACGUCUACUUCGUCAUCCACUGGCUGGCCAUGAGCCACGCUUCGUACAACCCGCUCAUCUACUGCUGGAUGAACUCGAAGUUCCGCGACGGCUUCUGCCAGCUCUUCCGGCGUUCGCAGCUCUGCUGGCCUGCGCGGCUGCGCCACCGGCGCCCGCCGCGCAAGGAGUCCGCUGCCGAGGUUGCCGCGCUACGCCGUUGCAAUACGUACACCACGUACGUGAGCGUGCGUGCAGUGCCGGGAUCCAGCUUCCGCUUCACCAAGGAUUCUACGCAAACGAACGGCAAGACGAGGCGCUACGAGGACUCGAAAGUUUAAACGCCCCGCUUCCAGAGCUCCGAGGGAGCCCCUGUCAUGCGGCCCGGCCACCGCCAAGCGCUAGCCAACGCUGCCGCUGUGGGGUCUGUACGGAGCAUAUCGUGGCAUGCAGUUCCGGGUGCUGGCGCGUUGAAUUGUCCACUUCGCUGACUCUUUUUGGCAGCAGUGAUUUGUGUGUGGGAUCCUCCCCGAGAAAACAACCGCAGUUGAGCGUCGCGGCAUCACAGAAGCUAGACAAAUAUUUGCUAAUAGUGUGCGAAGUCGUGUCCUACUGUUCUCGUGACUAUUGAUACACAAGAACCUCUGUGCUUCGAACGGCUGAUAGGGUGUCUCAUCUUAUUGGCUACGUGCUUCUGUGGAUACGCGGCGCUUCCUUGGGUCUGAAACACUGAGCGAGGUCCUUUGCCGAGAUGUGCCAAACAUCCGCAGUGAUAUCGCCCACACGACCGAGUUGCGAGCGGCGUAAAGACUCGUGUCUCGUCGCCACGGCUCGUUGACUCUGUAACUCUGUAGAGGAGCCAGUCAUGUGAGCGCAACGUAAUCCGCGUGUUCUAUCGACCGCAGAUGUGAACCAAGUUUUAUGGUCUUGUUGGCUUUACCGUUGUUGCGACUGGACAUGAACAAAAUAGUCAGCAGGACAAAAAGACACCACAUGGGCCAACACUGAAAUCGCCUGGUGGCAUUUGAGUAUAAUUUGCCGCUAAAGUUGGUGUAACGCGAGUUGGCCGAAAAUGUACUGCACGAAUAACAUUUUCAACGUGAUCGCCAGAGCAUGUAGUACAUCAGCGUGACUUGGCGGUGCUAGUAGGUUAUGUGCAUGCCCACUUGUGGUCAGCAGAAUUUGUUUCAUUUAAACACGCCACACUUUUAGAAAACUGCUUUUUGCCUGCUCAGACAGUUAAUAACUCCGUACGCUGUGGUAGCCAUGACAUAGCUCAGCAAAUGGUAUGCUUAUGAACCACUGCGUUCAUACUCGAAAAAGAAUCGGCUAAGGCAUAGUGCGGUUCUUGUCUCAGUAUUGCCGUAAUAAAACAGGUAUUCAGGCACGGCCAGAAAGCAGUAGAUGAAGCAGUGAUGAAUUCAGGCAAGUUUCUAUACGUGCUCUACGGAAUUUAGUUUUCAGGUGCGGUCAAAACGCUGCGUAGGAAGUAAAGAUGAAUCGUAUGCAGUAAUUUCGGAGUUCUGACAGAAGUGAAGCUUCGGAACCCUUGACAUGUUGGAACCUUCUCACAGAUUAAAAAAAAACAGUUAUGAAACUUCUAAUAAGAUUGGGUAGUUCGCGAUAACUGUUUCUGUAAUAACACCUUUCUUAGUAUGCACGAACUGUGUAUAUAGAUCGUGUGAUAACGGCGAUGGCUCGUGCAAUAUUGGGACCAUAUACCGGCGUGCAUAAAUUUGCAUGAAUUUAGUUCCUUGGCUUGCUCUCUAAGCGCUGUGCUCGAAACACAGCGGUAGCGAGCGAAGUAUAAAAGUACAGGGUAGACCUCAAGGCUCCAAAGGCCAUGCUUUAUCCCAGCUGCGACAAGCAGUACACCGACGAUACAAAUUACGUUACCCUGUGCCAUUUCAGAGGGCGCCGCUUAGCGAUGGACUAGACGCGAGGGACGAGUUCGCGCCCGUGCACGGAUACAUUGUCGUGGCGGCCGUAUUUUUGCAUAAAUGGAGAAUAGUUGAUUGGCCCUGUAGGCAGCAUAAGGUGCCGUGGCCUCCGACAUUCACCGUAAAGUCGUUCGCUGCAGGCCAGCCGUGUACCGCUCGCAUCAACUGAGGCCCCAGAAAAGCGAUCGUUUGUCUGCGUAUGGAGAGAUGAGUUCUGAAGCUGGAGGCAACACUGGGCGGCGUGUGUACGCGUGCGAUGUGAUCACUGUAGCCACUGUGUGCACGCAUGAACAAGGGGCCGCGAGCGUUUACUGGUACGCUGAACUCGCACUUAUUGCGUGCGUUUUCGGUGGCGCACGCUGCGUGGCGCGCACUCUUUCCCCUGGUUCCCCAUGAGGAGUUCGUGGCUUAGAUCAAGGCUAACGGCCAGAACAUGCCAAAUUUGACUACAGCAGAAGUUCGCUACUGGUUGCCCUGUGCCUGAGCCUCUUCGCCUGCCGCUGCUUACCAUCGCUCGUUUUUACGGUUCCUUCUUGGUUUAACCCUGCAAUGCCUAAGGCAUCAUAUAUGCUCCGCUCAGUUUCAUGCCUGCAAGUGCUGAUUUAAGCCCUGAAACAUUCAUGUCAAGCCCACAGAGUAUUUUUUUUCAUAUAUACAUAUUACUAAUUAAUUGAUUAUUAUACUAAUUGCGUUAUAACUUCAGAACCAUUUGUUCUUUUCUUUUUUUUUACCAAUGUACUCACCAUGGUCAGAAAUAAAGGUGACCAAGCGAACGAGAUGCUAGCAAAGGCAACAGCCCGAGACUCCAAAGACAAAUUUUCCUACUAAUUAAAAGCUUGCGGAAUCCCUCAGCUCACAUACAAGACCGUUCCCAUGUAAGAGGUGAAUCUGUGCGUUAUGUAACUGUUCGUGAAAGGAAGCUAACAACGAUAGCAAAUUUAUUAUUAGCAAAGGCAACCGGCCAGAUAGUUCUUACGAAAGAACUUUGGUAAUUCGGCCCGCGACUUACAAAGCACGAUGUAAGAACGAUGGCAGUCAAGGUGUCAGUUAUGAAAAGAUGUUUCGCACGAAACACUGUGAAUCCGGUCCCGAUAUCGCCCUGAAAUGUUUAAUCUGGGAUGCACUGCAAAAUUCGUAACGGAGACAGUCACGUGGCCCCUGUAAAUUUACUCUACUUGGAGUGCGCCCGUCAGGCGCAUGCGCCGCCGUGCCACGUGUGGGAGGCGUCGGCGCUGUGUAUUGUUUUCCCGAUGUGAUGUUUGCGUGCCAACGUGUCUAGAAGCCUCUGUGUCCCGCGUUUUCAAACCUUGUCGUGCAGAGGGAGCGGCCCCUAUUUUGUUGCCAGGCAACGCCGCUCCCAUCUUUUAUGGCGCGAAAAACCGCCGCCAAGCUAAAAUGACGAGGAUAUAGGUGUGUCGGCAACUAUGGUGUAUAUUACUGUCCGUCGCGACUUUCAGAGCCUGUCGUACAUUUUUGAAGUGUAUAUAAAACAGCAGGGUCUCAAUUUUUAAAUGAAGCGGAAGAAAGUGCAGAUAAUGUCAAGGUCACGUUUGAAAACAUGUGUAAACAAAGAUAUGGUAAGUUUAUACACAGCUAACCUCGUACUUUUCUGUAAAUUUACUACACUCUGAUAACAAUUAUUUAUUCACAUAAAUACAAUAAAACAAGCAUUCAGUGCUGCUUAAUUUUUCGUUUUUUAGUGCUCUAUAGCCGUGUUCUUUCAGGUAAUUUUCUUCGCAUACGAGUUCUAUUGCUCGCCACGCAUCUCAAGCGGUUUCCUUUUUGUCAUUUCGGAAACACUCUGUGUAACUGAGUGAUGAUUUCAAUUGUCAUGAAUAUUUCUUAAACGUAUCGAUUGCGUGCUCGCUUGCUCAAUAUUUAAGCGCAUAAUGCACAGACGCACUUUCACUCCAACAAAAACAUGUGAAAUGCUCAUGGUCAUGUUCUGAGUAUGUCCUCAUUAAUGUCCCUCCUCCAUUGCCUGCAUGCAAGAUAAUCUCGUGCGUGUAAAGAAUGUUGAAUGUUGUUGUUGUUGUUGUUGUGCACAAUUAAAGGCUUUCCAAAGUU